UAGCCUAUCAAGGUUGGGAGGACACGCCCUUAACUUUGGGAGCGGUGUGGUAGGUGCUGGUCUUCAGCUGGCUGCCAGGCUCUGUCGGGAGAGCAGAAACGAGAGGCACGAAGGGGUGGGAACUUGAGGACUCUUCCUCUUUUUCCCCUCUUUGGCAACAUCCGCCGUCGAGCUCAGCCUGCUGUAUUUACCGUCCCUGUGGUCCCGGAGACUGGAGGGGUGGGGGGCGGGGAUUCCACCUGCCGGAGAGCGGACACACCUCGGGAUGGAUGCCCUCAAAUCUGCCGGCAGAGCGAUUAUCAAGAGCCCCGGAGUUCCGCGGCACACAUGGGGAACUUCAAAGCACGAAAAGCUGCCAGAGAACUGGACGGACACCAAGGAGACUCUGCUCGAGGGGAUGGUAUUCAAUGUGAAGUACCUGGGUAUGACUCUGGUGGGCCAGCCCAAAGGAGAGGACAUGGCCUCAGCGGCCAUUCGCAGAAUUGUUGCUAUGGCCAGAGCCAGUGCUAAGAAGUUUCGGAAAGUGACAUUGACAGUCUCACCAAAAGGCAUCAUCAUCACAGACACAGAGACUACAGACCUCAUAGAAGAUGUCUCCAUAUACAGAAUCUCAUACUGUACAGCCGACAAAACUCAGGAUAAGGUCUUCGCAUAUGUCUCUCAGAGUCAGUUCAAUGAGACCCUGGAGUGCCAUGCAUUUCUCUGCCAAAAGAAGAAGAUUGCUCAGGCUGUGACAUUAACGGUAGCUCAGGCCUUUAAAGUAGCCCUCGAUCUUUGGGAGAUUGCUCAGGAAGACAAAAGCAAGAAGACCAGAACCUGCAGUUCUUGUGCUGCAAGCAGUGGGCAGACAGAGACAACAGACACUCAGUGUGUUCCAUCAGAUCCAGAGGCACAAAGGCCCGUUGGGAUGGAGGAGAAGCUCCGGAGGCCCUUCUUCUCUGCUUUGCUCAGCUCGCCUCGUAGUAACCCUACUCGAAGGCGACCCAUCAAACAUGACUCUUGGGACGUGGAGGAUGGACUCGAUGAUGCAUUCUCAAGACUGGCCGAGUCCCGCUCCGAACCCGUCUCUGACGAUGCAGCUCUGAGUCCCCAGAAGGUCAAGGAGAAUCUGCAACAAUGUGUUUGAAUAAAACAUGCAGGAAAUUGCUGAGAAACUUGGGGCACCACAAAAAUUUGGGCCCAAGACCUAAAAAGAAAACAAACAACAAAAACAAAGUGGCAUUCAUCACUUGAACAGACAGCAAAGCACAUCACGCUUCACAGUGCACAACCUGAUUCAGAGAGCCCCUGUUUGAUAUUCUGCGGCUGCUGCAGAGCCAAAAUGAAUACCCUGAUAUUAUAAAUUGCUAUUUCUGUGAAUGCCUGCCAGUCAACACACACUCCGCUCAGUGUAAACCGCCAUCUCCUGCCAUAUUCAAAUUCCCCCAGACUGCCACAUGAGAGACGGUGCACACACUGGGCAACACAGCACUGCAAGUUGAGCAGUAAUUACACAUUAAUUACAACUAAGAAUUUCCUGUGGACGAUCAUACGACUGUCUCUUUCUAGUAAUUUGAAUUUGUAGAAAUGUAAAAACUACUUUCAGAUGUGAAUUCGACUUGUGAAUUCUGAUUUCCCCAGCAUCAAGAAGUUCAGAAAUGUGUGUGACACUAAGUUGUGUCACGGAAAAGAUGCGUAGAAGUUCCAAAAACGCUGGAGCCUAUAUUUCCCAUUCCACUCAACAGUGUCUUGUCUUAGGCUCUAGGCCUGCACGAUAUGAGGAAAAUAUAAUAUUAUUCAAUAUCGCGUUAUGACCUUCCAUAAAUAAACAGAUGUUGAAAUGCCCAUAUUAGCUCCUCUGUCCUUUCUCAGCCAUCGUGGAAGCUACCCUCGCAGUCAGCACCAACUUAAUCUGAAGGUAUACUGAGGGCUCGCUGGUGCUUCGUUUGAUUGGUCAGAUGGUGUGAAUGCAUGGCCCACGUUUCCAGUGCUUCUACUGAUAGGUCAAAUGUUCACAUGCUAGGUGUGACUGCAUGCUGCUUGUCAGUACAGUGAUUUUUCUUCUCCUGUUUGAGGCAGUCUUUUUGCCAUGUGUUCACUGUGCAAGUUCACAACCUGACGAUGGUGAAAAUACUUUUUAUCGAUCAGCUCCACUGCUCACGUAUGUCAAAGUCCACACUCACAGCUCGUCAGGCGGCCUUUGUGCUAAAAAAUUGUCUCCAAGGCCAAGUCAAGACAUCGUCAUGAUUAGUACAACUCAGCCUGUGGACACAGGUGUGAACACAGGUGGCUCUGAAGGGAGUGAUAACAUCAGCGUGAUUCAAUCAGGGUUAUUCUACAGACAUUAUACGCCUGUUUUUACAGGCUUAGUAGUGCUGAUGAUGAGCAAACUGAACUUCAUGUGGAAAAUCAGUAAAUGCCUCUUUAUUAAAAAAAACAAAAAACAAAACACCUUUCUGACUGAUUCAGAAAUCAGAUUUAAUAAUCCAUUGAUACCCCUUCCUUUGUUUUAACAUCAAUAAGAUCCAUCCAAGAUCCGUUGUUGUAAAGAGCUUUUGUGUUUGUGAUGUAAAAAUGCAAACAGGCUGACAUUCCUGCAACAAUCAGUUUCAGUGCCGUCUUACUUGAACAUGGCUUAUGUAACCAAAAUGUAAUGACAACAUUCUUUUGUCUCCUCUUUCAGUCAGCUGUACAUAAAGAUGUUGUUUCUGUUGAAGAAUAGUGACGAUGUAAGCCAGUGAGGACUAAGUGUACGGCAAGGCCAAACUAUUAGAGUAAAGAAACCUAUUUCCAUAUUCUGUAUUUUUUCAUUGUAAAAGCUGUGUAAUUUAUGCAUAUUGUAUCCUUAUAAAUGAUGUAGGAUGAAUAGAAUCAGGGCUUCACACAGGUUGUCUUUUUUAAAAUAAUUAUCACUCUUGUUGAGAUGUGAAUGUGUAGAUGCUUGUCUCUUUUGCAUUAGGUUAGGCUCUUUGUACAAAUGUAAAUGUAUGUGUUUUGUGUUAUUACUGCAGAAAUUGCUUCAUUUAUUUGUUGUUGGUUUUUCUCCCAAAUAUCCAUUAGUAAGACACAUAUGGUAUACAAUUCUAAGGUCUCCUAUUCUCAAGUCUCAUUGAUCGACGGAGUUUCUCUCCUGUCUGCAGUCUGUGCCACAAAGCAUGUCGUUCGUCCCCUUUGUCCUCUGCUCAGAUUCAACAAAUUAUUUUUAUCCACUGCUCAAAAGACUAUCACUGUCGAGAGGAUAUUAUAUUGUGCCCCAGUAUGGCUGAAGUGGUCUGUCUCUCUGUAUUAAUGGCAUCAUGAGAAUCAUUGUGACGGUGGAGGGUAGCAGGGAAUGGGGUGGUGUUGGAGGUGGCGGCUCUGUGUUGUUGUCAUGACACCCGCUGCCGAAUAAUUGGAGGGCUUAUCAGGUUACACCGCAAAGCUUAAUUGCAUUGUUUCGUUCCUGACUUGCAGAAAUACUAGCUCCAAUGCAUAUAUGAAAGAUAGCUUUACACUGUUUGGUGAUCACAAAUAGCCCCCCAGUGUUGUCCAUGUUUGCAUUUUAGUAUUGACUGCGUAGGUCAAGGUCAAAAUGCAUUGUUGUCAUUUUACCUUAUCUUUUUCCCACAAGUAGAAACGAUUUUUUUCAACACUUUCUCACCUUUUCCGCUUGUCUUCAUCUGACCGAUUGAUUCGUGUGUGGACGUUUCACUAUCCGCUGAUUCAGUGAUAUUUGGAGAUGGGCUGCUGUCCAGGAGCUGCCGGGCUCAGAAUUGGUUGUCAAUAAUAGCAGCCAACAGAUAGUUGUUCUAUUUGACUCUACACAGCUUCACCACAAGCUGCACUAUUAUGUGUUAUACCUGGAUAUGGUCCUCGAUCAGUCUUGGCCCUUCUCGAUUGAUUUUUAAGCUAAAAAAAUUAAAAGUCAGUGUAAAAUAAUUUGAUUUUGCUUGCCGAUCCGUGUAUAAACUAUACGAUGAAACAAAUUGAUCUGCUGGACUGUACAGGCUCCUGAAAGGUUGUGUGUUUUGUAGCCAGUAUGCUGUAUACAGCACACUGGUGUUGCCAGCAAAUUUUCAAUGUAUGUGGCUCUUGGCAUCGCUGACAAUUUUCUGUGUGUGUGUGUGUGUGUGUGUGUGUGAGAGAGAGAGAGAGAGAGAGGAGGGGGAGGGGCAGCACUUGGAGGUAUAACAUGCCAAUUUCAGUCUGAAGUGCACUGAAUACAAAUCAGCCCGUGAAGGUUUCAAGCCAGAAGACAUUUGAGGCUUGUAAAAAUGAAAACUGAAAAGGCGGAGAAUUGUCAGAUAAGCUCUUAUUGCCUGAGUUAAACACUGACGUUUACAGUAUUGGUUUACUUUUUCCAAGAAGGUGCUUAUUUACUAUCUAUGCAAUCAGUGGGUUUCCAACAGUGUUGUGAUAUUAUGAUAAUAGCAGUUUGUGUAUAAACCACAAGCAGUUGUCCUGAGCUGUGUGAAAAAAUGUAGAGAAUUUGGAAACUGUUAUGGUUUGUUACAUAUUUAUGCAUAAUAAAAGACUUUGUACAAAACUGUCAUUGCACCCAGCUGAGACUUUUUAUUGUAGAACACAGAAGGCCACCUGCAAAGUCCUUCGAAAAGCUUUUUCUCUCAUACUCAGUCUGCAGAGAUACAGUUUGGUCAGCAGUGCCAAGCAAUAUGAUUGCGUUUAGUCUUUUUAUAGCAAAUCUGUUUGAUUCCAGAGUUGCUCUGUAAUUUGAUCAAUAAUGAGUUCCAACAAAUCAUCUUUGAGAAGGACUUGUUAUACAACCACUGCUCCCUGUGCAGACA